AUGCUUUCUCUGAGUUCUUGUGUAUGCAAAUCAUUUAUGAGGCAAGUUUUCAACUGUCCUAGAAAGCUAAACAUUGGCAGUGUGUUGUUAGCCCUCCUCUCUCUUGGCCCCUGCAUCAACAGAGAGCUCUGGGACCUUAACAGUGACUCAGAGGUUUGGGCUUUCCCAGUAGAGGGACAUUUCUUUGAGCAUCAUCUAUCAAAUUUAUUUCAAUGUAUGAUGUUUUUACAACUGGUCAGUUCUUUUGUACUCUUACAGCUAUGGCUACUUGAUUGCCCUCUUACAAUUUGUUCUACAUGA